GCCAUUGUCAAAUUCCUGUCAAACGCGCCGCCAGAAGAACAAACUUGCCACCGUAGCGCGUGCCAUUACACCUGCUGCAAUUUCUCCCUCUCGUUCUCUCUCCAUAGACGUUGUCGAAGCACCACCGUGAUGACCACAUCUCUCUGAAAAUCACAGAUAAAAGAGAGAAAAGAGAAAGAACAGAAAAAAAAGACGGUAUAAUACAUCGUACGCACCACGGCGAAUCAGCGACCGUUGAAAUUCGAACCACACCCGAUUCACAAUUGGUUGCUGUUAUUGUGAGAUUAAUAAGGGUAUUUGAUAUUUGAUGAUAUGGGCGAGUUGACUCAGGCGGAGGUGUACUCGCCGAGGACUCAGCAAGUGUGGAGGGCACUGUUGAGUUGGAUAGCCUUCUUCUUUCAGAUCUUCUUUCAGAUUAUCAGAGCCCUCGGCCACUAUCCUUUACUCUCUUUCUCUUCUUCUUCUUCUUCUUCCUCUUCCUUCAAGCCUCUGCCCUCAGUUGAGCUUCAGGAACAUGAUGUGCCCCCUCCCUCCUCCCUUGAAAUCACCGCCGCCGAUCACCACCCUCUCCAAAAACUCACGGUAGUUCUUGACUUGGAUGAAACACUGGUAUGUGCAUAUGAGACAUCAAGUUUGCCUUCUGCACUACGUACACAAGCAAUCGAAGCUGGUUUGAAUUGGUUUGACCUGGAAUGUGUAUCUUCAGACAAGGAAGGAGAAGGCAAACCCAAAAUCAAUUAUGUUACAGUCUUUGAACGCCCUGGGUUGAAGGAAUUCUUAAGGCAACUUAGUGACUUUGCUGACUUGGUGCUGUUUACUGCUGGUCUUGAAGGCUAUGCCAGACCCCUUGUUGACAGGAUAGACAUGGAAAAUCGGUUUAUUCUACGACUUUAUCGGCCGUCAACAAUUAGCACGGAAUAUCGGGAACAUGUCAAGGAUCUUACCUGCAUCUCAAAUGAUCUAUGCCGCAUUGUUAUUGUAGACAACAAUCCUUUCAGCUUUGUAUUGCAACCAGUGAAUGGAAUUCCUUGUAUCCCAUUUUCUGCUGGGCAACCACACGACACCCAGCUUCUAGAUGUCAUUCUUCCACUUCUCAAGCAACUGUCUGAGCAGAAAGAUGUAAGACCUAUGCUCUAUGAAAGGUUCCACAUGCCUGAUUGGUUCCAGAAGCAAGGGAUUCCAGCUUCCAGUUGGACAUUGUAGGAUUAAAAUCGUUUGCCAUGAAGCUCUUUUGUUUAUUUGGUGAAAUUCUCUUAUUUUUAAAAGGGCAGCUGCUGAUUGGACGAAAUUGAAUUUUUGUAUAGCACCAAUUUGUUUCUGGAGCAUCCUGAGGUUUCAAAUGCUGCUUAUUGAAGUUAAAUCAGUUCACCAUUUAUGUAUGUAGAUUGCCAGAAUUCUGAUUCUUGUUUAUAGGCUUGCAAUCUGUUGGAAAGAAUCUCGUUAGUCUAUUGUACAAUCACCUAUCAAUAAUUAUUGGUAGUUCAAACACUCGUUACAUUGCAAAGUUUGUUGCAAACAGUGUUAGAGAAACAUGCAAAAGCAAAUCAAAUAAUUGAUUUGCUGUCUCACUUGUUUUCU